CUGCGCCGCCUGAACGACUUGCCCAUGGAUGGGUGCCUCGUGAGGGUGCUUCAGAGUCAGGCACAAUAUCUCCUCGAAUCAGGGCCUUCCAGUGGUCUGGGUCUUGGAGUUCACCCAGAGAGCAUCCCCAUGCACACUUUUGCCAAGUACCUCUUUGCAGCUCUUCUUCCUCACGAUCCAGACCUCGCGUAUUCCAUCGGACUCAGGGCCAUGAGGUUGCCGAUCCUGGAGGAGCACGACGAGUCGGAAGAGGGAAGUCGCCACGGGAAUCACGGUGGAGGCGGUGGUGGAGGAGGAGGUGGUUUGGGGAUGGUGCUUGGAAGAUAUCCCAGGUGGUUCACCCUCGGACAUCUGGAGACCCAACAGGGGGCACUGGCGUCCGACAUGCUCAACGCCGCCAAAAACGACGUCCUGCGUCUGCGGACCGUCUUGGACGCGGCCCAGCGUCACGUCCACAGCGCUUCGCACCUCUUCAGACUGGCCCAGGACGCGUUCCGCUGCGCCGUCCAGACGGACACCCCUCGAUGCCCCAUGCUCCUGAAC